UCUCGACCGCCCUCCCUUAUCUUGGAAGGUUUCUUGAGGGUGCAAAUGCAACAGAUCGGGCAUCAAUACCAGAAGAAAAUAAGCAAAUAUUCUUCAUGUCAAAUGACAUCCUAGAUACUCAGAAGGGAGAUCUGGCUUGGGCAUCGUAUGCUCUUUUACGCAACACGAACAGCAUGUCAGUGAUUAUAGCAGUUAAUGAUGUAAUAUGCGUACGUGGCUACUGGAAUACACCUGAAGAUAAAGAUGCUUCAAAAGAUCAUCUACUGAAUUGGUUCAAUAGUCAGAUUCAGAAGACUGGGUUUUUUGACCUAAAAGACAUGUUAUACUUUCCUCAAUGCUCAGCUACAGAAUCUGAACUUGGGACUCUACUACCUAAAGGAACUCUGUCAGCGCUAAUACAACCAGUGAUCAGAACCUCUGAUCCAGUUGUUAAUUUUGCAAUGAAGAAUGAAGGAUUUAUCCUGCUGGCAUCCAGUGUCAAAUAUGCAUAUUCUGAAAAAGAUAGAGCUUGGAUCAGAGCAGUUGCUAAUAAAUUUUUGCAUAAAAUUUCGAAGGAUUUGUAACAUCUCAAUGAGAUGUAUGGGAGGUUGUAAAAGAUGGUUUUGUUAAACCAAGUGCGGAGGGAGAAGCAUGAAUGGGUAAUGAAGCAACGAAACAACUUAACGAUCAAAGAAAGAGGGAGAAGAAGGCCUUGUUCACAAGUUACCAAGGCCUUGAUGAAGCAAUGUUCGAGAUUAUUGCUCCAUUGAGGACAUCAAAGGAGGCAUGGGAUACUUUACAAAGAGCAUUUGGUGGUAUGGUCAAAGUGAAAAAAAGAUCUACCUACAAGCUUUAAGAGAUGAAUUUGAAAAACUACAACAAGGUACCUCUAUAUCAAUCUCCGAUUACUUCUCCAAAGUUAUUUUUAUUAUUAACCAAAUGAGAAGUAAUGGUGAAUAAUUAAAUGACUAAAGAGUAAUGGAGAAAAUUUUAACAUAUUUAGAUCUGAAGUUUGAUUUCGUUGCCGUAGCAAUUGAAGAAUCCAAAAACCUAGAACAAAUGUCAUUGGAACAACUAAUGGGUUAUCUUCAAGCAAAGGAACAAAGGCUUACAAGAAAAGGAGAAGAUAAGUCAUUAGAGCAAGCUCUACAAACUAAACUUGCUCUUGAGAACAAAGGAGAACCAAAGUCUCAAAGAGGUAGAGGUUGUGGGCAACAAGGAAGAGGAAGAGGUCAACCUACCUAAGAAGCACAAAACAACCAAAGUGAAUGAGACAACAUAGGCUAAAGAGGUCGAGGUCGAGGCCGUGGACGAGGGAAAUUGGAGGUAUGAAAAAUCUCAAAUUCAAUGUCAUGUUUGCAGGAAGUUUGACUACUAUGUUACAAAAUGCUAUUAUAAUCCCAACAAUGCAAGUCAGAAUGCAAAUUUUGCAAAUACAAAAGAAAAAAAAUGACAAUCCCGUUUUACUGAUGGCUAAUGAUGAUAUAAAAGAUAGCCAAUCUAUAACAUGGUAUCUAGACACAGGUGCUUCCAAUCAUUUGAGCGGCUAUAACGAACUAUUUGUCGAAACUAAUGCAAAUUACUUUGGUAACUUUUGAUGAUUUGUCACCCGUAAGAGACAAAGAUAAUUUUUUUUCUUGAGCUCAAUAAUGGGAAGCAAUUAUGGAUUUCAGGUGUUUACUAUGAUCUUGAUAUGAAGAAUAAUAUUUGAAUAAUAUUUUAAGCUUGAUUCAGUUGCUUGAAAAAUGAUAUGAUAUUAAAAUGAAAGAUUUAUUUCUUUUAAUUCGUGACAAAAACAAGACCAAUCUCUCGUAUGAAAAUUGACUAAGAACAAGAUAUUUAUUACAAGGAUUGAAAUUUUGUAUCGUACCGGAGUUUCGAGAUUCGUUCGGUAUGGCAUGGUAUUGUAUAA